AUGAAGCUCGAUACAUCUGGUCUCGAAUCGUUUCCUUCACUGAUUUCACACGGAAGCAACGUCACCGGAGAAAUCUCCGCACCUCCAUCCUUCGAGCUUCCCAAUUCCAACGACUUUGAUGGUUUCCUUAAAGAAGCUAUUCAGAUGGUGAAGCCUGCGAAGGGUACUACGACUCUUGCUUUUAUUUUUAAGGAGGGUGUUAUGGUAGCUGCUGAUUCUCGGGCUAGUAUGGGAGGAUAUAUAUCAUCACAGUCUGUGAAGAAAAUUAUUGAAAUUAAUCCAUACAUGCUUGGGACAAUGGCUGGAGGUGCUGCUGAUUGCCAAUUUUGGCAUAGGAAUCUUGGCAUCAAGUGCCGCUUGCAUGAGUUGGCAAAUAAAAGAAGAAUUUCUGUAACAGGAGCCUCUAAGUUACUUGCAAAUAUUUUAUACUCUUAUCGUGGAAUGGGAUUAUCUGUCGGUACCAUGAUUGCUGGAUGGGAUGAAACGGGUCCUGGUCUAUAUUAUGUUGAUAGUGAAGGUGGAAGACUUAAAGGCACUAGAUUCUCAGUUGGAUCUGGUUCACCAUAUGCUUAUGGUGUAUUGGACAGCGGGUACAAAUAUGACAUGUCAGUUGAGGAAGCUUCUGAACUGGCUCGAAGAGCAAUUUAUCAUGCAACAUUUCGUGAUGGAGCUAGUGGUGGAGUUGCUAGCGUUUACUACGUGGGACCAACUGGAUGGAAGAAAUUGUCUGGUGAUGAUGUUGGUGAACUUCACUACCAUUACAACCCGGUUACCCCUAGCACCGUGGAGCAAGAAAUGGUUGAGGCAGCUGGACCUUGA